UUUGGCUCAGGAGUCCAAGUUCCAACUUCGAACCUCUAUUUAACACACCAAAUUUCUCAUUGGCUCAGAGUAUCUCUGCUUGCACACCUGAUUCCUCUAGGACCACCACCUCCUGCACCAUUGGUUGCUCCCAUCACCACCACCUCCAUAGGCGUUUUUAAUAGAACUCCGAUAUCUGUCAAUCUACGCAAAACGGAUAAAAAUAAUGAAGAUCUUCAAUUGGGUGCAAAAUAAGCUUCAGGGGAGGAAACAGGGGAGCAAGAAACAAAGUGGGGUCUCAGCUAACCAUCAAAAUUUUCAAGAACCUUACAAGCCCAAAGAAGAAUUCAGUGACUGGCCUCAUGGGUUGCUGGCAAUUGGUACAUUCGGAAAUAAUGAUCUAAAACAAGAGCCAGAGAUGUGUGACCCUCCAGAGGAUCCAUCUUCAUCGCAAGACUUGCUAGGUUUUACACCUGAAGAAGUUGGCAAGUUAGAGAAAGAAUUAACCAAGCUACUGUCACGUAACCCAGUUCCUACUGGAGCUGAAUCAACAGAAGGAGAAGCCACCCAUCUCCCGUUAGACAAAUUCCUAAACUGCCCAUCAAGUUUGGAGGUCGAUCGGACGAUUUGUCAAAGGUUUUGCCAUGAUUUGGAUGACAGAGAUGAUGAUCAUCCGGGAUGCAGUAGCAGUGUUGUGAGUAAAGGCAAAGACGUAAAUUUGGAAGGUAACACUGCAAUCCGAAGAAGAUCGAUAUCAUUUCUUCUUAAGAAGAUCUUUGUUUGUAGAAGUGGUUUUACACCAAUUCCCAGUUUAAGAGAUCAGCUUCMAGAAUCGAAGAUGGAGAAGCUUCUAAAGGAUAUGCUUCACAAAAGGAUAUACCCACGAAGUUCAAGUACAUCAUCAACCAAAAAAUACCUAGAAAACAGACAAAUGCUCAAAACAGGGAAUGAAGAUGAUGGAUGUAAAUGGGUCAAGACAGAUUCCGAGUAUAUUGUCCUGGAGAUGUAAAAUUGCCUCCGUUUUUGUCUAGUUAGGAAAGCAAAGUUAUACAUGUAACCUUGCAGAUUCCAUACUUACACGGUAACUGAUUCAAAAGGCUCUCCGUGGAUUGAAAAUCACACGCAUCGCGAAUAAAGAUGAAUGGUGAAUACACGUGCAAUAUGUGGUCGAUAUGUUUAGACAUGUUUGACGGUUGAUAUAUUUCUCAAUUUUUUCUGGUCCUAGUAAUAGCUUUCAACAACAACAACAACCAGGAAAAAAAAAAAAUCCUAGCAAUAGCUGGUUGGUUACUAUAUUAUUUUCGCCGAAUCUUUAUGGUGGCUCAACGAAUACUGAAUUGAACAUAUAUAUUUUUCCUUUUCCUUUUUUUUCCCUCUAUUU